CGAAGACGCGUCAGCCUAAUCUCGUGGCCCAUUUGGGACAAAAUACAAUUGACUGCUCGAUUGACUGGCUCCCUGAGAUAUGGCGCCUCAGGAAUUAGCCUCGUUAUAUUCACAGCUCAGAUCAGAGUUCUCUUUGUCGUCCCCUGACUUGAAGAAAUGCGGAACUCUCCUGAGCAAGCUGAAGAUUGGUCUCGUUGAAGCCGGACUUUUUGUUCCUCAAGCGGAUGCGAGCCUCGAUGAUUUGUUGGUGACACGCGAAAUACUUGAGAUUGGCGCUUUCUGGAGCAUAAGGAUCAAAGAUGUCCCUUCAUUCGACCGAUACUUCUCGCAGCUACAGACAUUCUACACAGAAUUCAGCUCCAGCCUUCCUCCAUCGCCCCGACAAUAUGCUGUUCAGGGUCUCAACCUCAUCCGAUUGCUCACCCAGAACCGUAUCGCUGACUUCCACACCACCUUGGAAUCCCUGCAAUCGGAUGCCAUAGCCGAAAAUCCAUUCAUCAAACAUCCUGUAAACCUUGAACGCUGGCUGAUGGAGGGAAGCUAUGGAAAAGUGUGGAAUGCGCGAGAAGAAGCGCCAUCUGAGGAGUACAAGUUCUUUGUUGAUAGUUUGAUGGGGACAAUACGAAAUGAGAUCGCCAGCUGCGAAGAGACAGCGUACGACAGUCUACCAGUUAGCGAAGCUGCCGCUCUUUUAUACUUUAAAUCCUCGAAUGACCUCAUCCAAUUCGCUCAGCAGAGGGGCUGGCAGGUGGACCUUGUCAACCAGACGGUCCAUUUUGUGCGGAAAGGCGAGGAAAAAGUAGCCAUUCCAAAGAAGCAAAUGAUCGUUGCGACGUUGGAAUACGCAAAGGAGCUUGAACAGAUUGUGUAGAGUGUCUCCUGUACGGCUGUGGCCUUAAACUCAGGAGGCUCGGUCCGCCGGUGACGGGGCUAGUUGUAGACGAUAGCUAUCUAUCGAUAUAAAGCAUGUUGCCCUUCGCAUCUGCCCCUUUGGAUAGAUGACAGUCUGCAAGUAGGUGAACUGACGUAUCGUUGUCAUAGACACCGUGGACUCGCCCGAGAAGACACGGCCGCCAGCGCCAAGUGGGCUACUAUCCCAACAGAGGCUGAUGAUAUGUGUGGAGGCAGACCAAAAGCCUGAUGGAAAU